AAUGAUGGAUGGACUAUGAUGGGAAAUUAUUUUACUUUUGCUGGAUUUCUUCUCAUUUUUUUAAUCCAAAAUUGGAGAUUAAUAUGUUGAAUAAGACUGGAGGAUAUUAUUCUGUGAUAAUAUACACAGACAGUGGCAUACAAAGUUGAGUUUUAUGGGCAAUUGUUUAAACAAAAUGCUUUAAAUAUGUCAUUGAAACUCUUGAUAGCUAGUACAGUACAUGACAAAGGAAGUACAUUUAUAACUCUCACUCUAUUGCAUUUCAUUGUACAUACAUAUACUAUGCAUGUGGGUAUAACAGAAACGUUGAACACAAGCAAUGUUGAAUUUGUACAUAUAAAUUCCAAUGGGAAUCUAAGUCAACAGAAAAAUAAUAGUCAGUCUUAUGUCACAAAUGGAGUCAUAAGUACACAGUCUGUGAAAAAUAAUUCCAAUGACAAUAUGACAAGCAGUCAUGCCAAUUAUAAAGAUUCCGCUGUUCUAAGCACUGGUGUACAACUCAUCAACAAGACAAUUAGUUAUGACAACAUUUCAAAUGUGACUACAAAGGCAGACUCACUUGUUCAAGCCAGUGAAUCACCUAAAAUCAGCAGUAACCAAGUAGCAGGUACACCACAAAAGGUUGCCAACGCUUUGAAACCGACAAAUGAGCCAAUCAUUAGUACAAAUUCAGGUAUCAAAUUCUUGAAGUAUAACACUGGUGAUACAAUACAUUUGAAAUGUCGGAUUGCAAAAGGACCAUAUCUGGUACUAUGGAAUAAAUUGGGCCUUGACUAUCCAUUAACGAUAGGAAAGAAUCGUUUUAUACCCGAUGAGAGAUUUCAUGUACAGUAUAAGCCACCGAAUCGUUGGCAUUUAGUUAUUGCAAACGCUCAGUUAAAUGAUACUGGUGUAUAUUCUUGUACAACUGGCUCUGGACUUGGCAACAGCGCCAGCAAUACAGCAGAGUCUAAUGGUAAAUCUCAGUCAACAAAGGAAAAAGAAAACUUGGAGGCGUCUGUGACUAGAAGACGUCAAUCGAAAAUGAAGAUAACAGAUGAUACAGCAAAAAGAAAACUGAAAGGUCGUGAAUAUUACGUCUCAGUAGUUGAACCGCUACCAUCUGAAAGAUAUCAAGUUGACGUGCCUAUAAGUAAGACAUCAAUGAAGAAUAAAACGAUAACAGUGACUGGUCCAAAUCUUGUAUUUUACGGUACCCCGCUUGAAUUGAUAUGUCGUGCUAGUUUCCCAUCCUCAGAAGCUAAACUUGAUCCAACCAUAUCUCUGGAAUGGUAUCAUCGUGGAAUUCGACGUUUGUCAAAUCCAUACAAAUCUGGUGGUGUAUAUAUUACCCUACGAUGGCUGGAUUCUCAUCUGUUAGAAAGUCGAUUAUUCAUAGCCUGGGCAAGUGAAGCAGAAGCAGGCCAGUGGAUAUGCUUAGAAAGAUCAAAUCCAAUUAAAAAUGUAAAUUUAACGAAAAUGUCACCAAAUUAUCAUAAACUGGAAUAUAUGGAAUUGAAUUCACAGUCACCUGCCUACCUUAAUAAGUCUGUAACAUACAGUCCAUCAAGGCUUGACUUUGUUUAUGAUAAAAUUUAUAUUGAAAUAAUUGUGCCAACACUAUCCUCCUCCUCCUCGUCCAUGUCUUUUUCAUCACCUCUACACUCAUCAUCAUCAUCGUCAUCCUCAACGUUCAAUCGUAAAUUCAUUCGACCAAAUAUCCUGAGUGAAACAAAUCACUUGAAGGUAAAAAGUGAUGCAAAACUAUCUUUUGUUGAACGUUUAAUACGUUCAAUGAAUUAUUGUACACGUUUACAAGUGAACAAAGACACAUUUAUAGUUUUCAUUCUAUUAAAUUGUUACUUUUACACAUCUGUAUUACAUCAUAUUUUAUAA